CGGAAAAAUGUGAGUCUGUUUUGUUGAGUGUUUGGCAGCGAAUGCUCUAUCACUGAGUCCUCAAUUCAUCACAAACUCCACAACAUUUACACCUAUUUUGCUAACACUUCUCCUCAAAAACCAAAUAACAUCACUUGAUUUGGUCGUCAGUUAUGGCCAAAAACGGUCGACGAAAGCAUCGACUGACCGCCAGAACCAUCAAGAAUACCAAAGGUUCAAUGAGCGACACAAACGACAAUACAAUCCUUACAAACAGAAAAAGCACUAAAACUGCAAAUAAAUGUGAAACACAUUCAGAGCACCAGAAUCUUGAGAAUCAGGAGAUGCAACAAACCGACUGUGAUAUACAACGGGACCAACACAUCCAACCUAUCACUCAGACCACUGGUCAGAACCAAUCGGACGCCGAUUCCAACAUUCAGUCAAACACUCAGUCCUCUUCUGAUCAUAAGACAGAUAGUGAAGAGUCGAUCGCAAACAUGCAAACCAAAUGCAGGGAUGAGACACCAAAUCAAGACCAACAACUCUCACAAUCUGAUGAUAAGCCCUCAAAGUCAGACGUCCAGACAAAUUGUAAUAAUGCUAAACGAGUCAACGUUAAGAAUAAUAAAAAUUUAGUUAACGCUAACGAAAGCAAAUUAAAAGAUAACUUUUCCACUCAUGAAAAUUCAAGUUUCAAAAAAGCUCAGGAAGAAAAUGAUGGAAAUGGCGACAAAUACAAGUGUCCCGUAUGUGAUCUCAAACUGGAUUCACAGCACACUUUUACGGUACAUAUCCGACAGCACAACCCUUCAGAUCAUUCACACACCUGUCGAUUGUGUGGAAAGACUCUAAGUUCUGCGAGUUCUCUGGACAGACAUAUGCUGAUCCAUUCGGGCGAAAGACCAUUCAAGUGUCGCAUCUGCAACAUGGCCUUCACCACCAAUGGCAAUAUGCACCGACAUAUGAGGACACAUGGCAUGGAAAAUGCCAACGACGACACCAACAAUGGCACCGAUUCUAACAACGGUUCCCAUAAACUCAUUAAAUCUAAGAAACGAAAAGUGAGUGAAGAGGACAGCAAUAAAGACCAGACGUCGAAGUGUUCACCAAAAAGAAGAAAUUCCGAGACCAUCGCCGACCUGAGUGUACAGAAACCCAAUUCAAUCAAAACGACAGAAAUUUGUUGUCCGAUAUGCAAGAGGACAAUGGCGUCGACGGCUGCCCUCCACACACAUAUGGAAAUGCAUCCAAACGAUGCCAUUUGUUGCGGUGACUGCGGUAUGAUUGUCAACAAUUACGCCACAUAUACACAGCAUCGGUGCACCGCCGCCACCGUCGACGGCACCACCAGUUUGUUGUCAUCGAACCGAAUGAACUUCACGAGUGCGCCGGCGAUCGGCUUUUAUGACCUCAGUUUCACAGAUUUCACAUCAAGAAAGUUCUCAAUGAUAGCCAAAACUUUCUGCGAACACAAUCUCCGCAAAGCCAGCAGUCCUUACCAUGACUUUGAGUGCGAGAAAUGCAAGCGAGCCUUUCCCUCCGCCAGUGCUCUCAACCUUCACGAGUCCACACAUGACAGUCAGACUUACUGUCACUUAUGUCAACACGAUUUCAUCACUCCAGCGCUGUUUCUAUCGCAUCAAAUCAAACACAGAUUUGAUUACCCGGUGGUUGCGGUGCCGAUGACCAGUUCAAUACCACAACCGCUGGGCUUUAAGCCAUCGAACGAGUCGUACGGCGAUGUCCCGCAUUCAGACAAAGAGGACUUCUUGGCAUUACUUGAUCUCCAGAACAAAGGCUCACAAAUAAAUUCCAUUCAAUCAAACUAUAAGUUCACCCGAAGUGAAGAUUCCUUUGAAAACAAUUCCUAUUACAUUCACGCGAAGCCGAAUCCACCGCCGCGUGUGACCACAUUCCAGCCCAAAGUCAUCUCCAAUGGCACAGAAAGUGAUGGAAAUAAACACGAUUUAGCAGACAUUCAAUCGAUUAUAUCAGUAACCAAUUCUGCCGCACCUCUCAUGUCAAGCAUAAGGUCUUCACCGCCGGCCGCCUCUCCCGCGUCGCCCAUCCAUUUGGGAGUGAGUGGUGUUCAGCCCGACUCACCGGUGGCCGCAGACUCGGCCAAUGCGAGUCCGAACACUCCAUCCAAUUCCAGUAAAACAGAAACCGAUGAGAAGUCGAUGAACGAGAAACAGCUGUCGAUAGUGACCGAGAUGUCGGACGAGACGAGACCAGCGUUUAAAUGCAAUAAAUGUGCGCUAAGUUUCAAGACGACCAACGCUUUAAAGCGUCACAAUCGCGGCCACAGUCAGAGCGGCCACUCAUACGCGUGUCACUUGUGUCCGUACACUUCUUUGGACAAAAGCACUUUAGUCCGACACUUGCGGACCCACAACGGCGAGAGACCCUUCCAGUGCUCGAUCUGUAAGUACGCGUUCACUACGAAAGCCAAUUGCGAGCGACACGUCCGCAAACGCCACAAGAAGUCACAAAAGCAUGAGAUUAGAAGCGCUAUGCAAUACAACUCGAAUAUGUCGACCGCGUCUGCACUCACGCACCAGAAUGUGACCAAAACUGAGUCGAAUCCGGCGCUCUCGCCGGCCAAUGAUAGCUUUCCCGGCGGUUUUGAUACCGUCUGUAAAUAUUGUAACGUCGACUUCAAAUUCAAUCGAGUCCUUAGACAUCAUUUGAGAUCUCUUCACAACAGUUGCAGUCGUAAGCCUUACUGUUGUUCUGUCUGUAAACUCGGGUUCAGUACUAAAAACAAUUGCAUUCGACAUGUAGUCAAACAACACCCGGAAAUGAAAGACAAGUUGGCGUCCGUUGUUUACGCCAACUCUUCCAUGGGAUUCAAUAGCGACCAAUCGGAGUGCGAGUCCGUAUACCGAGACUCACCUGAAAUGUCACAUUUGACCAAAGACUCGAUCAAUAUGUCAACAGACAAUUCAAUGAAUGGAUCUCUAAGCGAGACGUCGGCGAUGUCUGGUCUAUCAGUCCCUCGACAUCACUCGAGUUUAGCCGCUUUGUGUCAAAUCGCUAAAAAUAUAUCAGCAAAUAAUGACAAACCCAUGAAUUUGGCCAUCGAUUCAAAGGACAACUAUGAGGACGAAGAGACAGAUUGUAGCGGUAAUGAAGACCAACCGCUGAACCUCGCGAGUCAUUCGCACGAAGAACAACCACUCGAUCUGGCCGUUCACGCGCUCGACUUGAGCUGCAAAUCAUCGUAUCCUUCAAAUAAAGACAAGAGUUCUGACGACAUGAAAGUUAACGAAGCCGUCCGUACGGCUGCUUCCAGUUUACUGGCGUUGCGCUCAAUGACCACUUCUUCUGCAUUUCCAACCAGUCUUACAAACUUUGCGACCGCAAGUGUUCUCCAGACACCGCUAUUUCAUCACUCAGGGAUCCCAUUAACGCCUCCAUUGCCCGCACACUCCACUCCACCCAUUGCUAUACUAUCGCCCAAUUCUGGCGCUUCGAUCGAUGAUAUCUACAAAAUGACAAAUUUUCGUAUUUCGAAGAAUCGUCUUUUGACUCGCAAUGAGAGGAGUUUUACGUGUGUUUACUGUUCGGCAGGAUUUACAUUGAAGUCAAAUAUGGAAAGACAUAUCAAACGAAAACAUCCAGAGUUUGCUCGACCGCCAAGAAGUCGCGGUAUGUCUGCGGCCACACAUCAGUCAUCAACUACUGGAACCAAUGGAGCGAUUCAUUUGAAUGCAUCACUUCUGGCGAAAUCGCAGAACACAACUCUUUCCAAUAAGACGAGAGCUGCCCUCAGAGUGGUUCUCAAUAACAAAGUGAUGGGAUCAGUAGUUGGAAACACUAGUGUCUCGAGACCUUCGACGCCUAAUGAACCACUUGUCAUGACUGCGAAACCCAAACCUACCGAAGAUAAUAACAAUUAUGGCGAUAAUACGGGAGACUUGGCCAGCGUUUCAUCACUGAUAGACCAUUCGGCCAACAAUUCCAAUGCAUUGAAGCAAUACUUUAAUAAGCAAAACGAUGACAGCGAUGUCAACGCAGAACUCAUAUCUACUAACGAGAAGAAUGAAACCAAAAUGGAAACAAUCCGUCCAAACGAUAGUAAGAGUGAUAAGAAUGUGAAUAAAAUGGUUGGCAAAGAGUCGGAAGAGAGUAAGGAAUGUGAGUCGGGAUCGACGGUAACGAAGAAGAGAAGUGCCUACACGGACUCGCCCAACAGUGUGUCGUGUCCGUACUGUAGCCGUAAGUUUCCCUGGACCAGUAGCUUAAGGCGACAUAUCCUCACUCACACCGGCCUCAAGCCAUACAAGUGCCCCAAAUGUCCCAUUCUUUUCACCACUAAAUCCAAUUGCGAGAGACAUCUCAUUAGAAAACAUAACGGAAGAGAGAAACGACUUUCGCUUAUCGAACACACGGCCGCCACUGACAGCAAGCCUUACAAAUGCAAUGUCUGUCCCAACAGUACGUUCACAACUCAAGGAAAUCUACGAAAGCAUUACUAUUUGCGUCAUUGGACUAAAACUGGGAAACAAAACAUUUUUAAGAAUAGGAAAGAAUAUAAAUGCGAAGAAGAGGUUCACAACGAGACGAACGAUACGAUUGCAAACAUCAGUUCACUGCAAGAGGAGGAGACGAGUGACGAUCGGCUUGCCUUCAAAUGUUACCUAUGCUCAGAAAGAGCGGAAACGUCUUUUAACAGCCGACUCAAGUGCCUGAAACACAUCCAGUCCUGCCAUUCCAACGAAUACAAUAUUUUGCAAUCGAAAGGUGCUAUCGAUAAGGUGCCCAUCAAUAACACCAAACCUAUGCCUAUAUUAGACAAUCAUAACGAUGAUUACGAUUAUAGUCAUCAAAAAAUUCUGUGUGUGUUCUGUCCGCGACAGUUCACCGUAUUUGACAAUUUGCGCCGUCAUAUGAGAGUCCAUUUAGGAGAGCGUCCCUUCAAGUGUAUGCUUUGCACCAAAAGAUUUUCGCUGAAGAAUAGCCUUCUGCGACACCACAGAACCAAUCAUCCGGAGAGCGAAUUAUCAUCAUCUCGAACGAAGACUAAGUCUAAGCAACCAAUCAUUCCAUCCAUUUCUUCGACAUCUCUUCUCAAGGAAACCGAUAGUCAAACUCUAACUCCAACUAAAGCUGUUAAGUCUAAAGGAAGCUGUAAUUCGCUAUUAUAUUUGAUCCCAAAAGAUGCCGUCAAACCAUUGGAAACAUUUGCACAAAAUUCCAAUCUAUAUGAUGGCGAUCACGAGGACGGAAGUGAUCUCAUUCAGAAUCUAUUAGGUCUUCAAGACUCGAAGAUUUUAGACGAUUUGCUCGACUCCGGCGCUGACUCCGCCGCUCGCAUAUUAGGCGUCAAAGAUUUGGCCUAA